AUGGUGGCAGAGAAUGAGAGACAGAACAAGAAAAAAAGAACGAUGGAGAAUGUUGAAUCGUCAAGUAGGCCAUCCAUAGGGUUUCCUCUUGGUUUAGCCCUUCUUUUGAUCUUGUUGCUUUGCAUAAGCGGGGCUCUUAUUUGUUACCUCAACUGGAAAAAGAUUCGGGCACUGAUCCUCCAAUCUUCUGGUCAUGAUCAGGAUAACAACAACGAUAUUCAAUCAGAUAUCAAUCAUUCACCGGACGUUCAACCUGCAUCUCCCGUCAUGAAGCCAAGGCAAAAAAUUGUAAGGCAGAGCCUGCCGGUUUUGAUGCCAGGGGAUCAGGUCCCAAGGUUCAUAGCAAUGGCUUGUCCAUGCGAGCCAGCGACAAUGGAAAAGAUUACGAUCACAGUACAGAAACCUACAGCUCUUUCGGAGCCGUUUUAUUAUUCGUAAAUUAAUUACUUACUAAAUUGUAUGUUACUAUUUGCCAUUGAAUUAACUAUACAUCCCCUGUUCCAAGUGAUUUGAAGUAUAAAGAAUUACGUACAGAUAUUAGGACAGAGGACAAGAUGUAAAAUUUUUUUUUGGGUAUUCAGGGAUUGUUUAUUGCUGGGUGCAGACAACUACUUUUCAUACUAUUUUGGUUCUUACCAGCUAAUAGUUGUUUGUAUUAUAUUUAUCAUCUGAUCAGAUUAUGCAUCCUGCUGUUAAACAUGCCAUGCCAUUUUUGCUUUGAUUAACGGUCAGUUCCAAGAAUUGUGCCAUACUGUUGCACUAUAAUCCUAGCAACCUUGAAUCUCAAGCUCCUGGUUCAACAAUCCAUCCUUUCUACCAAUUUAAGUGACAUCUCUCGAGAAAAGUUUAACUUGAUAAGAAUUAAGAAGGAUGAAAGAAUUCAAUCAGACAGUAAGGAUUCAUGCAAUGACUUGUAGCUUAACCAUCGAAUUAAAAUCUUUUACUUUCCUUCUCAUUUUCUUUCUCCCCAAUCAAACUUUUUUUGAUUGCUCAACCAUUGAA